AGAAAAAUGAUGUAACUUUUACCGGCAUUCAGUGACAGUUACCUUCACAUAGCGUACAAAGAAAAACGGCAGUCUGUCCGGUCAGAACUUUCUCUACCGCUCGGUUCAGUCAAUGGCUCGGUGUCGUUAGUGUCGGUGAAAGCGCUAAUUUACAGCCGUUUCUCCGUUUAUUUUCAGUACAGGAAAAGCAUGAAUCCGGCUCGGUGCUGCUCGGUGUUUUUCGGCCAGCUGCGUGUGUCGUCGCGGGGUGGACAGGUAGCGAGGAGACCGUUUCCCCCGGGAGGAGUGUCAUCCCCGGCGGGGACACGGUGCUGUCACCCCGGUGUAGCAGCAGGAGGAGGAGGAGGAGGAGGAGGGGGAGUCAAUGGGACCAGUCCACAGAUGAAGCCGAGCGGGGUAUCCAACACUGCGACAACACCAGUUUGUCCAAUGGGCAGCAGCAGCAGCAGGUUGUUUGGCACAUUAGCCCAGUCACUGAACAGCCCCCCCCUGGCCCAACCAGACCUGUACCCAGACGAGGACCUGGACCAGGGCCUGGCUGAGAUCGACCCUGACCAGCUGCUCAGGGAGUGCGAGGAGGCCCUGCAGAGUCGUCCGGCCCGUCCUCACAGAGACCUGGUCUUACCAAGUGGCUUGGUGCCCUGCCGCCAAAAGCACAACCCCUCCAUACGGAUCAUGCAGUGGAAUAUACUUGCACAAGCUCUGGGCGAGGGGAAGGACGGGUUUGUCCGCUGUCCACUGGACGCUCUCAAUUGGCAGGAGAGGAAAUACCUGAUCCUGGAGGAGAUUCUCACCUACCACCCUGACAUCCUGUGCCUCCAGGAAGUAGACCACUACUAUGACACUUUCCAGCCAAUCCUGGCCAGCCUGGGUUACCAAGGCACCUUCCUAGCCAAACCGUGGUCUCCCUGUCUGGACGUAGAGCAGAAUAACGGUCCCGACGGCUGCGCUCUGUUUUACCGCCGUUCGCGCUUCUCCUUGCAGUCCACAGCUCACCUGCGGCUGUCGGCCAUGAUGCUGCCCACCAACCAGGUAGCCAUCGUUCAGACGCUGUGCUGCCGUCUAACGGGUCAGCGUCUGUGCGUGGCCGUCACACACCUGAAAGCCCGUAGCGGCUGGGAGAGGCUGCGUAGUGCGCAGGGUGCCGACCUCCUGCAGAGUUUACGCAGCAUCACGUCCCACUGUGGCAGCCGCGGCGAUAGCGAGGGCGCUGUCCCUCUGGUGGUGUGCGGGGACUUUAACGCUGAGCCCUCUGAAGACGUUUACAGACGCUUUAGCUCCUCCCCUCUCGGCCUAAACUCGGCAUACAAGCUGCUGAGCUCCGAUGGACAGACAGAGCCCGCUUACACCACGUGGAAGAUCCGCCCCUCAGGAGAGAGCUGCAGCACUCUGGACUACAUCUGGUACUCCCGUGAUGCUUUAAGUGUGGAGUGCCUGUUGAACAUUCCCUCGGAGGAGCAGAUCGGCCCAGACCGCCUACCCUCCUAUCACUACCCCUCUGACCAUUUAUCGCUGCUGUGUGACAUCAGCUUCAGGGAGGAGCCUCAUAGAUUGAUGUAGGCGGCCAAUCACAGUGGCCCUGGACCAAAAGGAGGACUGAGUGAGAAAAACUGAACCUUUGCUGCGAACCAGAGGAGCAACCUGACCAUGACAUCAUCACCUGGUUUCUGUCAGACAGCAAAAAGAGGGCGGAGUCAUAGGGGAGGGAAUAAACCUGAUUGGAGUUUUAAUUAUCAGCAUCAUGAGACUGACGUGAACCCUCAAGCUGUGUUCAGACCAAAAGUGAAAUGUAACUUUCAAACGAUAAAUAAACACAUGAAGUCAACUCAAAGAUGAAAGUAGCAGCAGGCAUCUCAAAAACACAAAUUAAAAAAAAAAUCACAGUACUGAUCCUAGCGAACAGGUCUUUAAACUGGGACCUGGUACUGAUCCUAGCUAACAGGUCAUUAAACUGGGACCUGGUACUGAUCCUAGCUAACAGGUCUUUAAACUGGGACCUGGUACUGAUCCUAGCUAACAGGUCAUUAAACUGGGACCUGGUACUGAUCCUAGCUAACAGGUCUUUAAACUGGGACCUGGUACUGAUCCUAGCUAACAGGUCUUUAAACUGGGACCUGGUCCUGAUCCUAGCGAACAGGUCUUUAAACUGGGACCUGGUACUGAUCCUAGCUAACAGGUCUUUAAACUGGGACCUGGUACUGAUCCUAGCUAACAGGUCUUUAAACUGGGACCUGGUCCUGAUCCUAGCCUACAUGUUGAAAACGUUUGGCCUGAACACAGCUCCACAAACCUGUGUCACCUGAAAUGAGACACUGUGAUGUCACUCUUGCCGACCUCUUUGAUCCUCGGACUUGUUUAGAAGUGGGCGGGGUUAGGAGUCACACUGGAGCCCGUCAGCCUCCUUUGUGUUUUAAAACCAAACGUCAUGUUUCAUUUCCUGUACUUCCGCUGAGAAGGCAGCUAAGAAGUUCAUCUGCAGUUAUUUAUUGUUUUUAAAAAUGCACAUUAGACUUUUGUUACUUAAUUUUAUUAAUUUAAUGUUUUAACUUUCCAUCGGUUGUUUAUUUUAUCACCAGAGUGUUUUAAAUCUUAUUUUCUUUAAUUGAUGGUUCUUCUGAAUGACGACGUCAAUCAUGAACAUGUUGCUGCUUUGACUUCCUUGAACACGGGGAGGGGAGAUGUUGAUAUAUAUGAAAUAAAGUUAUUAUUUUAAUCCUAA